CUUUCGAGCUCGUAGCGCAUGUUACGGUUUUUGCGUUACUAGUUGUCGUGCUUCAGGAAACUUCGUUAACAAUAUAACCGGAUGCUGUACUCUUAGUUUCAUUACAGCUAUAGCAACUGCGGAAAUUAUUUGGUACUCUUUGGACUUAAUUAGUGCUUGUUUCUUAAAUUUGUUGGCUAAAACACCAAUUCUUAACCCUUUUUCACUUUAGUUUGGAUGAAAAUUUAAUCUCAAUUCACUCGUCUACAAUAACAAAACUCCUGUAUCUACUCUUCAACAUGCUGGUAAAUUUUUAGUUUCAUUCAGGGUCUCGUGUUAACCAAGUCAAACUGAAAUAAUUUCAACGAAUUCGACCUGAUAUAUCCUCAGAUGGAAGCAAAGUAUUUUGAUCUUGAUAUUCCUUUCGAAGCAAUGGACGCAUGUCUCCUUGCACGUUUGCUUGAUUGUGGUUAUAACUAUGUGGCGAUCAGUCAGUCUGUAUCGGUAGAUGAUUUUAAUUUUGAGGUGAAAUCAGAUUCCGCUAUCAGGAAAAAAAACAAAGAAGAAAGGCAAGCUAUGCGUCAGAACCUUAUCGCAAAGUUAGAACCUCCUUCUCCAGAUACUCUUCAAGCUUUUAUUGAUGAAAGUAGUGUGUUCAGAGCUUCUGUAUCAUCUCCCACAAUAGCAUGCAAACCACGAAUAUUCACACGUUUGACAAUAUACUGUAAUAAUGCUGAAAAUGCUGGAUUAUUCUUCCGCCAAUUUGAGGACAAACUUGCCGCCUUCAAUAUUGUAAGCUUCUGUCCUACUUCAAAUAGUGCUUUCGCAUAUGCAUGUGAGAAGGCUGUGAACAUUGAUCUUAUAUCUCUAGACCUUACAAAAUCAACUGAAAUCCGACUGUUGAGUAAACAGUGCAAUAUGAUGAUGUCACGAGGUAUCCACUUAGAAUUUCAACUUUCUCCUGUACUUCGUUCUUCUUCUGGGACCUACAGCGCACGUUCUGUUUUAUCACAAUACUUUAGCAGUUUACUUUGCUUAGCACGGAAGUCAUUUACAAAUAUGAUAGUCGUCAGUUCCGGGGCGUCUAGCGGAUGGGAAGUUCGUCGACCUGUGGCUGUAUCUGCAAUGCUAAGCUGUCUAGGUCUGCAACCUUCGGAAGCUACUCACUCAUGCCUUACCAAAGCGCCUUUCGCAGUAGUAACACAUGGUCUUAUACGAAGUAACACAAUGCAUGGUGCGGCUGCUUUCCUCAAACUUUUGUCUAUGCCAAAUGUGUCUAAUAUAGUAAAUAAACCUAGUGUAAAUAAACGACCUAUAGACGAAGCUAGUUGUGUGGAAGAUAAAUCAACCUGUAAAAAGGCCAAACUAACUUAAUAAUCAUUUGUUAUUCAAUUACUUGUAUAAAACGUGUAUGCCCCCUUGUAAGAUAUACCGCCAACUUUUGUUACAAAGAUAUCUUUUUCGUACCAAUCAUAUCAUUUUGUCAAAGUAAAUUAGACGAAUGUCAGUGGACA